GUUUUAUUCCUCUAAAUAUUGUACUGUGUACAUUCAUUAUUCUAUGAAUGAAGAAAUCCUUUUUUGAUUCUAGCCUUCUCAACUUAACAGUGGUAUCAAAGCAUACCUUCUCUUACGAGACCUCCGAUCCCAUGGCCACCCGUGACGAGACCCCCAAUUCUACAGCAUCCAAACACUCAACCGUAACUAUGCUUGAACCCAAGAUCACCCGCAAUUCGAUUUCCUUUAACUCAGCAGCCUUUCCUGUCAAGCUCACACCCAACAACUAUCUCUCUUGGAAGGCUCAAUUCGUAUCUCUUCUUGGAGGCUAUGAACUUGCUGGUUUCCUUGAUAGAUCUCAUCCUUGUCCUGUUGCAACCGAGCUAACCUACAGUCUAUGGGCAUGCCAAGAUCAACUCCUUCGACACGCCCUAAUCACCUUUGUUUUGGAGAACAUCACUCCGUACAUAGCUGCUGCAGCCACCGCACAGCAAGCCUAGGAAACCUUAGCAAAACUUUAUGCCAAUCGCUCUCGCACUCUGGUUAUAACCCUCAAGGAACGGCUCCAAACCAUGAAACGUGAUGCUCGUCCAGUCUCUGAGUAUCUUCGUUCUCUGAAAACUGUCGCUAACGAGCUUGGCACUAUGGAUCAUCCACUCUCUGAUGAUGAUCUCACUGUUUAUAUAUUGAAUGGUCUAGGGCUAGAAUUUUGGGAAAUAGCUGCAUCUCUCCAGACUCGUGAUUCAUCUCUUUCCUUUGAUGAUCUACAUGAUCGAUUAGUGGCAUAUGAAAAAAGCUUACGUCGCGAUGAAGCUCGGAUUGAUGUAUCUCCGAUAACAGCUCACUUUGCUUCUACUCCUGGACUCACAUCAUCUACCUCUUCAAGUGCAGGUAUUCUCCCCACUCCUUCUAGUCGGCAAUCGCAAUUUCAUCCUCAGCCAUAUCGUGGACGAGGAGGUGCUGGCCAAUUUAAUAAACCCAAUCUGAAUAGACGUCGUGGACAAGGCCCAAGGUAUCCAACUCGGCCCACUGGAUCUACUUGCCAAUUAUGUGGACAUAUUGGCCAUCUUGCCCAAAAUUGCCCCAAUUUCCGUGUUCAGUCUCUUGGCCCAAUGGCCAACUAUGCCUCAUCUUCAAACAGGUUUCUUGGUGAUUGUCUGUUAGAUUCUGGUGCUAAUAACCAUGUUACGAGUGACUUGGCAAACCUAACACUUCAUUCUGAAUACAAUGGUCCUGAUAAACUUCAAAUUGGUGAUGGAACAGGACUCUUGCAUGAGGAAGAUACUACUUUGAGGACCAAACCUUCAUGGGAUCUAUCAAAUUCAAGGAACAAUUAGCCCUCAACCACAGGCAUUCUUGAGAGAACGCACCACCAUGGCAAAUUGGCAUUCUCAUCUAGGCCAUCCUUCAAUAAAGACUCUAAAAAAUAUUGUCACCUCUUUUAAUCUCCCAUUAUCUAAUAAAAUAAGUUUUUCGUC